AUUUGAUCAAAUAGAUCCACUUUCUGUUUUAUUUUUCUUCGUACAAAUUGCUAACUCUUUGGGUAUAAUUGAUGGAUAAAUAAAAAAGGCCUACCACUAAGAAAAAUAAAGACUACGCUUAUCUUCCAUCGGUCGUCUCCGCCGCCUCAUUUAUGCACUCCAUAUCGUGCCUCGGCGAAUCGGACGGCGCGUCGAUGACAGCUUUCGUCGCCGCCCUCCCGGUGCCCCCGGGAGAUUCCGUCGCCUCGUCGAGCGUCUUCCUCCCACACUAUGAAAACGGCUCCUCGCGGCUGGCCGUCUCCAAGCCUUCCUGGAUCGUCCGAACGGAGUCAAAUGUUAGGAGAGAGAAAAUGAAGAGACCAGAUCCGCCAUGUGUGGUCUGUGAUGGUAGUGGGAGAAUUGAUUGCCAGUAUUGUCGAGGAAGAGGCAGGACGAACUGCCUGGAUCUGAUCAUGCUCCCUAAAGGAGAAUGGCCUAAAUGGUGCAAGGUCUGUGGUGGAAGCGGACUUGGGCACUGUAACCGCUGCCUCGGAACCGGAGAAUACCGAGAUGUAAUGGGAUUUCAUUUUAUGAAGAAUAAUAGGGAUUCAACAUGAUUAAGCAACCGAAUCAGAUGGUCAAUGAUGUGUCGCAGGGAAAGCAGAUGCGAGUAGUGCAAAUACAUCCCGGUGACAAUUUCUCGAGGUUGGGCAGAAGAAUAGCAUCACUGGUUAUCCGAUAUGAAUGCUUCGAGUGAACCUCUGCUUUGUACUCGUUGAGCCUAACGAAAAAGUUUGUGGCGCAGGUGAGCUUAAACACAUUCGUUGAUGGUUAUAUUUUGGUCAACAUAUGACAUCAUAAAAAUAAAAAUAACAAACACGUUAAAACAA